UUAAGGAAGUGAUCCUCGUAGGUUGCACGGGUGUUUGAAAAACUUCAACUAAAUCAAAGAUGCGUGUUUUGGUGUUGUCACUAUUUGUUGGUGUGGCUUUGGCAGCUCCUCAAGGCUACAAUUACCAACUAAACCCUGGUGCAAACCAUAAUGCGGGCUUCCCAUUCGAACAACUGCAACGAUUCGCUAAUCAGCAAGGGCAUUCAGAACUGAGUAUUGGUCAGGCCAAUGGCAAUAAUGGCUCACCCUUACAGUUGGGACAACAAUUAAGCAGCUAUGAGCAACAUCAGCAAGUACAGCAACCACAACAACAAGUACUAACAACUGAACACCUACAGCCACCAGCGCUACCACAGCCCCAGCUGCAACUUCAACCACAACCUCAACUUGCACCUCAACCGCAACCACAGCCACUACCUCAACUUGCACCUCAACCGCAACCACAGCUACUACCUCAACUUGCACCUCAACCGCAACCACAGCCACUACCUCAACUUGCACCUCAACCGCAACCACAGCUACUACCUCAACUUGCACCUCAACCGCAACCACAGCCACUACCUCAACUUGCACCUCAACCGCAACCACAGCUACUACCUCAACUUGCACCUCCACUGCAACGACAGCCACUACCUCAACUUGCACCUCAACCGCAACCACAGCCACUACCUCAACUUGCACCUCAACCGCAACCACAGCUACUACCUCAACUUGCACCUCAACCGCAACCACAGCCACUACCUCAACUUGCACCUCAACCGCAACCACAGCCGCUACCUCAACUUGCACCUCAACCGCAACCACAGCUAUUACCUCAACUUUCACCUCAACUGCCGCCACAGCCGCAGCCGCACUUCCAACCCACAAACGCACACAUCAACGUACCCGCACCCGCAAAAUACAAGAAGGAAUUUUAUUACCUUUCAGCGCCACGUGAAAACUUUGAAUUGCCACAUGAUUUCCAAGAUCAACUGAAGAGUUUCAAGAAAAACCUACGCGUCAUCUUUGUCAAGGCACCCGAACAUACUGGUAUCGAGAAUGCAGCGCUGCAGUUGGUCAAGCAAUCACGGCAGUCAAACACCGUCGUUUAUGUGCUAACGAAGCAACAUAACGCCGCCGAUUUGGCUAAGAAACUUGACCAACUGAGAGUUACUGCACCUCAAAAACCCGAAGUGGUGUUCGUCAAGUAUCGUACACCCGAAGAGGCAGAGCUUGCGCAGCGCACCAUUCAAUCGCAAUAUGAAUCGCUCGAUGGACCCAAUUAUUUCAAUUACGAGGGUAGUGUGCCGACGCACAAUUUCAUUGGCUCGACUGAGGCUAAAGGGCCAAAGAAAGUCGCUACAAACGAGGCUGUGGCGUCACCGUUGGACUAUCUUCCGCCUGCAGAAUGA